AUGGCCAUUUUUACAUCCAUUAUUGUGCGAGACGCGAGCGGUUGUACAACGACCAAUUUCGAGAUGCAAAUUUUUGUGGCGCAAUUAGGAGUCCCGCAGACCGUCCAUAGCAACAUCGCGACGAACUUCGUCGGAGCAAGUCGCCAGUUUCGGGAGUUGCGAACUCGAAUCAAGGAUGAGUCGCAACUGAGAAGCAAUUCAUCAAAAAUCGGAUGCGAAUUUGCGUUCAUACUGCCAAGAGUUUUGCACUUCGGGGGUCUGUGGGAGGCAGGUGUGACAUCUGCAAAACACCUACUCCUUCGGACAGUGAGCAGCCUGCCGCUAACGCCCAAAGAACUACAGACGACUCUUGUCGCAGUGGAAGCCGUGCUCAAUUCUAGGCCCUUAGGAGCGCUAAGCAUGGACUCAAGCGACGGCGAGGCUCUAACGCCAGGCCACCACUGGUGCGAGGCCCAUUGGGCAGAGAGGACCCCGGACUAG